AUUUGACUUGGUGUGCUCUGCUGGGCUGUCUCGUUGGUUGGUAUCGGUGCUCUAUCGCCUCGAACUCUAUUCAUAUAAAAUUAAAAAUAAGUUUUUUUUUGUUUUUUUAACUUAAUUCAAUCCAAAAAUGUCUUCAUUUUAAUUUUUUUAAGAAAAACAGAAAACACAUCGGAACAUUGUGCGUUUUUAAAAGUGUCAAGCCGGACAAAUCGCUUGUCCAAUUAUUUGUGAAGUGCGCAUUUUGACUAAAAAUAAAAAGAGGAACCAUCUUUGGAUAGAAAAUACCCUUUCCUCCACCACCACCACCUCGUAUUCCUUUCAUCAUUUUUAUUGGGAACGAACGAAACUUCCUUUUACGACAAAACAAAACUCGUGAUACAUUCAUUAGAAAGUGAUCAUUUGGAAGUUGACAGACCACUAUCGCCAUCUGUGUGCACCUCAGCAAAACUCAGAAAACGAAACAACAACAAGAACAACGAGAAGAGAAAAUAAUAAAGUACAAUUAUUGCUUGUGUGAAAUUGUGCGGAAACUUUUUGGCUUUUUACAAAUAUUAGAGAAGAGGAACAGCCGAAACCGUGGCGCAUCAACAAACUAAAAAUAGAUACUCGAAUAAAAUGGCUAGUACAGGUGACAUUUGGUUGCAAUGGUUCUCAUGUUGUUUUCAUCAACCACAAUCACCUUCGCGAAGACGACAUCAGCGAUUACGCAUUGAUAGAUCAAUGAUUGGUAAUCCGACGAAUUUUCAACAUACCGGUCAUAUUGGCUCUGCUGAUGUGGAGCUAACAACGAAUCACCUGAAUGCCAUACAAACUCAGAUGCAAAGCAAAGGAGGCUAUGAAAUGAGUUCUAUUCGAGUGCAGGCAUGCUGAUAAAAAUCAACUGCAUAGAUUAAGCAACUCAACUUUAAAACUAUUCAUCUAGAUUGGUAGACCUUCCAAACGUAGUAGAAAGCUGCAAUUGCGAACUACACAAAAUAAGAACUUCAUAAUAAUGAAAAGGGACUCUUAAUUCCCUUUCAAGGCUUCCAAAUAACAAGUAGUGCAAUCUGUCAUAAUCACACACUUAUAAAAAGAACUGAAGAUCGCAAUGCAUUUGCCGAGUAUUUAUUUUUAUUUUUUAUUUAAAAUUUCAAUAUAUGCCUUUUGACUAAUAUUAUUAUUAAUAAUUAAUUAAAAAAACAAAAAUACAUAGGUAGAUAAGCAAUGCAUGGCACGUACACAUUUUUGCUACUUUGAAGUUGAUUUUAUUUUACAAAACAAAAAAAGAGACAUAAAAACUGACUAUUUCUCUGUAAUUUAUACUUUAUUCUUAAAUAUAUAUUAAAAUUUUUUUUUUAUUUUUAAAAUAAUACAAAAUAAAAGUGAAUAAAGCGUGAAAAAACACUAAACACGCACACAUACACAUAAUUGCAUUAGAAUGUAAAUAUUUACAUAAAGAAUAUAUACCACUUAAUUCGUAGUUAAUUGUUAGAAUCUAAGAAUGAUAAAUAAAAAUAGUUUAUAAGUCACACUCAUAAAUAAAUAAAUACAAAACAAAAACAUGUUAAUGAAAAAAUGGACUUUCAAAAAUAGUAAGCAAUUUAAAAUGAACUUAAACAAAAAUGGACUUAAACUCGAAUAAUAUUAAUAAUUUAAAGUGCAUUUGAAAUUUUACACAGUGACUGAAACUUUAUAUGACUUUUUUCUACAUUUUUUUAAAAAUUACAACUUUGUCAGAAUUUUUAUACAUUUAUCUAGAAUUUCUUUUUUCUCUUAAAGAUCCAAAAAUUGUAUUACAUUUUUAUGAUAAAUUAUAAAAAAAAUAGUUUCUUAGCUUUGUAGUGUAUUCUCUUUUUAAAGCAUUUUUCUUGGUACUUAAAAACGAUAAAUAAAAACACAAUGUUUUUUAAUUCUUCUUCUCCCCAAGUGUCUACCUUAUAUAAAUUUUGUGUAUACAGUUGAUGUAGUCUGAAAUGAGAACUUAAAAAGAAUUUGCAUUUACGCACAAAUAAUAAAAAGAUAAUAAUAAUUACAUAUAAAUAUUUAUAUAUUAUUAGAGAUAUAAUUUUAUAGAAAACUAAAAUAAAAAAAGAAAGAAUAAAGAAACAUUAAUAUUUUAGUUUAUAUUUGAUUGAGUUUAAUAUAAAUGCGAAUGCAAACUACAAGAAAGAAAUUAAUAAAAAUAAUUGUUGCACGUUUUAAACUUGUACCUUAGAAAAAUCAAACUCAAUAUUUGUCAAUGUAAAAUAUUGGAAAAGAAAAUAUAACUCAAGAUAAAUUGUAAAUUUGUA